GUCAGAAACACGAGUAAAAUAAAAGGUUCAAGAGUUCCCUUUUCUAACUAUAGUGUUGAGCUUUAUAUUAUUCAAAGCUUAUCUGUCAAAUUAUGAUAGCUGAUUGUUUGCUUUUCAAAUAUCACAAGAAACAAAUUACAAACAAAAAAGUAUAUAACAAUUGAAAAAAUAAUGUGUUUACAAAUAUAUUUCCAAUUUGGAAGCUGUAUUAUAACAAAGUAAAAGACUAUUAUUUGAACAUUGAACUAAAAAGAAGAAGACUUCAAUUCUAUAUAUUCAUAUAUUGAAGAAUAUUAUCCUUAUUAAAAAAAUAAUUGUUGAGUUUUCUUACAAAAGUUUUCAGUUUGUAAUUCACGCUAAUACAAAUUAUGACUGGAAAAAACGAAGCAACAACAGUAAGCGCUCCUACAGUCCAACAAAUAAAUGCCGACAGAAUAACAGAGCUUGCCGAAAAAUAUUGGGCACCUCAUUCAGUGGAAGAACAUUUAGAAUUUGAUCCUGAUGUUAUUGAAGAUAUUUAUAUGCAAGAUAUACGUGGCUGCAACUUUUCCAUUAGAAGAAUUAUGAUUCUAGAAUUCAGUCAGUAUUUAGAAAACUACCUAUGGCCUAAUUAUUCACCAAAAGCUUCAUAUUCUCAUAUGUUAUCAAUUGUAAUAAUGGUUAAUGAAAAGUUUCGAGAAAGAGUUCAAGUGUGGCAGGCAUUUAGAAAACAUAGUCAAUACUUUCCAGAUUUUUUCCAACAAGUAUUAAAAGCCUGUUUUGAAGAUGAACUCUUAAUAAAUAUAAGAGAACAGACAGCUCUAUUAAUUUUUUUAAAUCACUGCUUUAAUAGUAUGGAAGAAGCGAUAUGUAGAGAUCAAGUUAAAAGACUAGUAUCACUUUCUAUGUGGGUGUCUCUAUUGCCUACUAGAAGGGAAUAUGAGUUUAAAAAGUAUCCAAAAUGGAAAAAGUACUGGAGAGCUAUUCAGAGAAAAGACAAACCAGAAGAACUUGAAAAAUUGACUUGGGAAAGAACGUUUCUCCAUCGCUUGAUGCUAAAAUUUAUGAACAUUUUAGAUUCAAUUCAUGAAGAAGGUGUCUGUCCUGCUGAUAAGGUUCAUUACUGUGAAAGAUUUUUGGAAUUAAUCACAGACUUGGAAGCACUGUUGCCAACAAGAAGAUUUUUCAAUACUGUCCUCGAUGACUGCCAUUUAGUUGUGCAUUGCCAAUUGUCAGCUUUGAUCAAGAGACCAGAAGGACAUUUAUUUAGUCAGCUUUUGGAAAUGCUGAAAUUCUACUCCAGAUUUGAAAUAAGUGAUGAAUCCGGCGAUCCUCUUACAGAUCAUGACAUGACUCAGAUCCAUUAUUCAAAAAUAACCAGCUUGCAGCAAGCAGCAUUUGUAAAAUUUCCGGAUCUAAGAAAUUUUGCAUUGGCAAACGUAGCCAGCGUUGAUACACGAAAGAAUUUGAUCAAACAUUUUGGACCGCUAAGUAAAGAAAAACUUAGAGCGAUUGCUGAAUAUUUGAAUCUUAUUCCAUCUAAAGAAUUAGAAGAACAGUAUAAAUGGUGUAGAACUGACGAAGUAUUUUUAAAAGAACUAUUGAUAUCUCGCCACGAAAAAAGAGUAUCUCAACUAGAAGCUCUAAACGAAAUGCCGCUCUAUCCGACAGAAGAUAUUAUUUGGGAUGAAAAUAUAGUCCCAACGGCUUAUUUUUCUGGAGAAGGUUGCUUGGCGUUACCUAAACUCAAUCUGCAAUUUUUGACUUUGCAUGACUACUUGUUAAGAAACUUCAAUUUGUUCAGACUAGAAUCUACAUACGAAAUAAGGCAAGAUAUUGAAGAUGCUGUUAGCAGAUUAAGCCCUUGGAAAGCGGAAGAUGGCAGCAUUUAUUGGGGUGGUUGGGCUAGAAUGGCUCAACCAAUCAUCAAUUUUGCAGUGGUCGAAGUAGCGAAACCUAAUAUUGGUGAAAAAAGACCUAGUAGAGUAAGGGCGGACGUUACAGUGAACUUAGCAGUGAGACCAGAUAUCAAGACAGAAUGGGAAAACUUGAGAAAACAUGAUGUCUGCUUUUUAGUUUCCGUAAAACCUCCUAACGUAAUAGGAACUAAAUAUAACUACAAAGAACCGUUUCUACCUCAAGUCGGCUUAACUUGUAUUAGAGGCUGUGAAGUAGAAGGGAUGCUAGAUUCAAAUGGUAGGGUAAUUGAAGAUGGUCCAGAACCUAGACCAGUUUUACCAGGAGAUCAAAGAACUUAUCGAGUUUGGUUGGACUGCAACCAAUACAGAGAUGAUAUGAAUAAUACUAAUAAGGGUAAAGAAGAUGUGUACGAAGGUUUCAACAUAUUAAUGAGAAGAAAACCCAAGGAAAACAACUUUAAGGCAGUUUUAGAAACAAUCCGAGAACUUAUGAACACAGAGUGCGUAGUGCCAGAAUGGCUGCACGAUAUAAUUUUAGGUUACGGUGAUCCAAGCGCUGCAAAUUAUAAAAAAAUGCCCAAUCAAAUAUCCACGAUGGAUUUUAAUGAUACAUUCAUUGAUAUGGAUCAUUUAAGAUCGUGUUUCCCAGAUUACGAGAUAAAAGUUAGAACUAAUGAUCCUCAAAAGCUGGUACGUCCAUUUAAACUAACAUUCCAAGGUCUUAGGGAAGAAGAAGACGAAAAUGAAAAAGUUCAAAAAUUUAUUAUUGUGGAACCUCAUGUAAUUCCUAGAAGAGGACCAUAUUUGUUUAACGAACCGAAAAAAAAUAUGAUACCGUUUACACCAACUCAAAUAGAAGCUAUUAAAUCAGGAAUGCAGCCCGGAUUAACCUUGGUUGUAGGCCCUCCCGGUACAGGAAAAACUGAUGUUGCCGUUCAAAUAAUCUCUAAUAUCUACCACAACUUUCCUAACCAAAGAACAAUUAUUGUCACACACUCUAAUCAAGCGUUGAAUCAACUUUUUGAUAAAAUCGUAGCUCUAGACAUAGAUGAACGUCAUUUAUUACGUUUGGGACAUGGUGAAGAAGCUUUAGAAACUGAAAAAGAUUUUAGUAGGUACGGUAGAGUUAACUACGUAUUAGCUAAAAGAUUGGAUUUACUAAUGGAGGUCGAGAAGCUACAGAAAUCUUUGAAAGUCGAAGGAGAUGUUGCUUAUACUUGCGAAACUGCUGGACAUUUUUAUUUGUAUCAGGUGCUGUCAAGAUGGGAGAACUUUUUGCAUUGCAUACACCAAAAUAAAUCAAAAAUUAAUAAGGUUUUAGACCCAAAGAUUGUAUCAAAGGAAUUUCCGUUUCACGAUUUUUUCGUGAAUGCUCCUCAACCUCUUUUCAAAGAACAAUCGUAUGAAGAAGAUUUAGAAGUAGCAGAAAGCUGCUUCAGGUAUAUAGAUCAUAUAUUUAAGGAACUGGAAGAAUUUAGAGCAUUCGAACUGUUGAGAUCAGGUUUAGAUAGAUCAAAGUACUUAUUAGUUAAAGAAGCCAAGAUAAUUGCUAUGACUUGUACACACGCUGCUCUAAAGAGAAAAGAGUUAGUAGAAAUUGGUUUUAGAUACGAUAAUAUACUAAUGGAAGAGUCUGCUCAAAUUUUGGAAAUAGAGACAUUUAUUCCACUACUACUGCAAAACCCUCACGAUGGUUUCAAUAGAUUGAAAAGAUGGAUUAUGAUUGGUGAUCAUCAUCAAUUACCUCCCGUUAUAAAAAAUAUGGCAUUCCAAAAAUAUUCAAAUAUGGAACAAAGUUUAUUUACAAGAUUGGUUAGAUUAGGGGUUCCAACGAUUGAACUUGACGGUCAGGGUCGUGCUAGACCAAGCAUCUGUAAUUUAUACAAAUGGAGAUAUAAAAACUUAGGUAAUUUGAAACAUGUGGAAAACUGGAGAGAAUAUCAACUUGCUAACCCUGGAUUUGUUUUUGAUUUUCAAUUAAUUGAUGUACAAGAUUUUAAUGGCAAUGGAGAAAGUGAACCAAGUCCAUAUUUCUAUCAGAAUCUUGCUGAAGCUGAAUAUUGCGUUGCUACUUUUAUGUUUAUGAGACUAAUAGGCUAUCCGGCAAACAAAAUUACAAUACUGACGACUUAUAAUGGACAAAAACAUCUGAUAAGAGAUGUUAUUAACACCAGAUGUGCCAAUAAUCCAUUGAUGGGACGCCCUCAUAAAAUUACAACAGUUGACAAAUACCAAGGACAACAAAACAAUUACAUUAUCCUGUCGCUAGUGAGAACUAAAGCUGUCGGUCAUUUAAGAGAUGUGAGAAGACUUGUAGUUGCUAUGUCCCGUGCUAGAUUAGGAUUAUACAUAUUUGCCAGAGUGUCUUUAUUCCAAAAUUGCUUUGAGCUCACUCCCGCUUUUGAACAGUUAACUUCACGGCCUACAAAGUUACAUAUAGUACUAAAUGAGUACUAUCCACCGACACGUUACAAUAAUCAAAAACCUUUAGAUAAACCAAUGAUUGUUGAAGAUAUGACCCAUAUGGCAAACUUUGUUUACGAUUUCUAUAUUCAAAGGGUAAAACAAUUAAAACAUUAUUAUAAGUCUGAUGAGACAUGGGAAAAACCAGGCGAUGUUUCAACUCAACCUCAUGAAGGGUUCAUUUCUUCUCAUCCAGGUGAAGAUAGGGAUACAGAUAGUGAAAAUGAAGAUUCAGGGAAGCAGUUACCAGUACCUAUUCAAGAUGAACCAAUUGAAGAGGACUCUCAUGAAAUUACUACUCAAAAUGAGAUAGAAAACACAACACAAAGUGGAAGAAUUAAUGAUAAUGGAGAACUUCUGACCAGAGAUGUAUAUAUGGAAGAACUUUCUGCCAUAGAUGAUGAAAUGGCAGAAAAUUCAACCAGAGAUGCAGAAAUGGAAGAUAAUAAUGCAACAGACACUGGUGAAAUUGAAAACGAUGAAUGAUAUUUUGAAAUAAUACAAAUGUUCAUUUUCUAAACAAAAUGUUUUUAAUAAUUUUAUAAAUAAAAUUUACUCAAAUAAACUCUAUUUUACUUUUCCUUCAUCCACAGUGUUUUGUGUAUUCACUAGUCUACUUUGUAAUUCAUUAGAUUGGCAAAUACCUUCAGUCAAAAUUUUAGGUAAAGCAUUUUCAGUUUCUUCUUCACUUUCAUCUUCAUCUGAACUCAGCUCUAAUCCAUCAUCAACC